UGAAGGAUGGGGAUCUUCAUGUUUGUCCCUCCUUAGCACAACCAUUCUACUCUAGGGAAUAAGCACUUAACACGUUAAAGCUUUAAAACACGUUAAAGCACUUAACACGUUAAAGUUUUAAAACAUUAAGUUUUCAGUGUUCUUGGAUGUUUACAGUGCAGCUUGGAAAUCGUCUGAGAACACAUCACAAGACCUGGCUGCAAAAGUUUGGUGUAUGAGAUGGGGACAAGUUCAUCUUAAGAAAAUUUCAGUAGUCUCUGGCCACUUUUUGUUCUUCAGUGGACAGCAGUCAUGAGCGCUAAGCCAGACCAUCUGUCAACAGAUGAACCCAUUUGUGUGAAAUGGGGAUGCAAGUAUUCAUUGAAGAUAUAUACCUUCAUUUCUCUCUGUUUCAUCAUUUUUUUUUACCUCUAUUUUUCCAAAAUGUUUAUAAGGACAUCAAUAAUGGAGCCAGUUGUUACUCCACACAAAGAGAUGACAGUGGAUGAUGUAAUGUCAUCCCUGUGGAGGAAUUUCCCAACAGCCACCAACUUCACCUCUUUCCAGAGCUCUUCCAGUGCCCGACACAGUGUGGCCAGACUGGAGCACCCCAGGGCCCAGUUCUGUGUGGGAGACACACUGAAUGUGCUGGUGGAGAUGAGAGACUAUAGGGGACAACCAAAGGCCUAUGGAGGAGACUUCAUUCUGGCCCGGAUCCACUCUCCCAAACUUCAGGCGUCUGCAUCAGGAGAUGUCACUGACUUCCACAAUGGCUCCUACCGUGUGCAUUUCACCUUGUUCUGGCCUGGGGAGGUGCAGGUCUCUGUGCUGCUGAUCCACCCCUCUGAGGCAAUCCAAGUCCUCUGGAGAACCGGGAAGCAGAACUACAAUAAGAUUGAGUACACCGGAACUUUUGUCAAUGGAGGCACGACAGAGAAAGCUACAUGUGGCCUCCGACUGAACAAAAGCAGUGCUCUCUGUGAAUACAAAGAUGAGGAGGAAGGGGAAUAUUUUGCUUGCGUAAAACCCCCAACCCUGCCCUGCAGCUUCUUGAGAACAAUGGCUUCCCACAACACCCCACAGCCUUCUCUCACAAAGGAGGAGACUCGGCUACUUGCUCGGGAAAGCAUUGGAGUACAAAUACAAAAUAACUUCACCAUUGUACAAGUCAUCAUUUGUUCUGGCACAGCCCAGAGACCAACUGAAAAGUGUGUGGCAGGCAUGAAGUCUCCUUUUCCUAGUGGCUAUUUCUUUGGCAACAAGUGGACGUCCUCCUUCUGUCAGACAGGUUCCUUCCUCAGUGAAGAUCAAAUUAACAGCUGUCUGAAGGGAAAGAGACUCCAUCUCAAGGGUGACUCCACUGUGCGUCAGUGGAUAGAGUAUUUGGAAAGAAAGCUUAAAGGUCUAACGUAUAUAAAGCCAGUUGAUUCUUUUUCAUCUGAGCUGGCUUUUGAUGCCUAUAGAUACAUCACUGUUCAGUGGAAAAAUCAUGGGCAUCCCUGGAUCACUCAUCACAGCAACCAAGUAAACAAAUGUGUCUAUAUUUCUAGAAGUUUGGACACCUUAGAUCUUGGUGGGGACGGGCAGGAUAUAGUGGUCAUUGGAAUAGGACAGCACUUCCGGGCCUUCCCCCUGGAGUUCUUCAUCCACAGGCUCCUCAAUAUCCGUCGAGCGAUCUUACGACUGCAGGCCCGCAGUCCUCAAACCCAGGUCUUCAUCAAGCUGGAGAACAACAGGGAACUUGAUUCAGUGAUUUUGAUAUUGAGUGACUGGUAUGGCCACAUGCAGAACCUGGCUCAGAGGAAGGUGUUCGGGGACCUGAAGGUGGGGCUGGUAGAUGCCUGGGACAUGUCAGUGGCCGCCAACACCUUUGCUGUCCACCCUAAUGACAUUGUAGUCUCCAAUGAAGUGGCUGUGGUUCUGUCUCACCUCUGUCCUCAUCCAUAGUGGUACUGAUCCUACUCUACAUCUUCCUGGAGAGCCAGUGUUUACAGUGUACUAAUUUCCCUUUACUAAAUUAAUCCAAUUAGUAAUCAAUAAAGGGCUCAUGUGCAUGCUAUUUUUUGCAGGCUAAUGAACAUUGCUGAUGCCAAUUCUAAGUGGCAAAAGGUGGUUCCAUUUGCCAAAAUGAUGCAAGUGGGUGAAGUGAACAUUCAGUGUUUGUGGUGUUUAGAUACAGUAAUGGAAAUGAUAUUAAUAAGCCUUUCCUGUGAUUAAUAUUUUGGCCAUGUUUAAACAGUUGAUCAAAAGUUAAACAAGUACCCAAGAGAUGAGUUAGGAUGCAAAGUAAGGAUAAUCCAACCUUUAUCAGCUUGUUUCUCUCUUUUACUGAAGUGGAAAUCAACAGAAAAGAGCUGUUUAUUUUUAAAAGCAGUAAAACAAGUAUAUUCGAAAUUCUUGUGAGAUUCCAUAAUCAACAGCAAUCAAAGUCUUAUACAAAUCCCGGAAUAUAUUUUGCCAUGUUUCUAUUUAUGAUUGGACCAACUUCACCAACUUGUGCAUGCUGGGACCUGGUAGGGAGUCAGAAGCAAUGUUAAAUAUCAUGAUAAAUGGUACAUAUAUAACAAAAACUGCUAAGCUGCAAUAUGGUGUCACCAAAAAUAACACAAUGUCUUGUCAUGUACGAUGUUUUGACAAAUG